AUGAAUCUUGAAGGACGCACCAUCAACUCAUCCUAUAGUUACUUGGUCAACAAUGGCGAAAUCCCCGCUGGUACAUUUCAUUGCCAACAUAUCAUCGCAGCCUAUUUAGACGAGCAUUUCUCCAACAGCAUGGGCUUCUAUAAGUCUUUCCAACAAUGUCCAAGCGUCCGGGAAUUCGCCCCCCAUCUCGGCAACGAACACGGUCAAGGACGGGUCGAGUUGGAUUUGGCAGGGGAUGUGCGGCUCGUUCUGGACAACGUCGUGUAUGGCCCUCGUUUUCCUCGGGUGCCGGUGGCAUACGACAGACUCUUUCUCAGCCUACCCAAAUUGUUAGACAGCGGAUGCACACUGGAGAUCGAUACUUAUGACCACUGGAUCAUACGGCGCAAUGGAAACUUACUGGUCUUCGGCCUCAAGACUCCGUCCCUCCCAGACCCAGAAAUACGCGUUGUGGUCGGGCCAUAUGUUCGAGGAGCGCAGAAUCUGGGAGUUCCUCAGUCUCUGCAGAAUGCAAUCGCGAAAGAAUCUCCACGGGCCGAAGAGAGACCGCCUCCUGCAGAACUGCAAGCCGCUAUCAUGAGGGCAGCCACACGGGAUAUGGGGAAACCGGCCGCAUCGGUGCUGAGCCCAGCUACAAGGGUGACUGUGCCAGUCGAGAACAAACCGAUGAAGCCCUUGUCGGAUGUGGUCAGCAAGGCAAGCCACAAACCCGCGAACAAUUCUCCUCGACCAACGCGAGGCAGUGUGUCAGCGAAGCCAAGGGACGCUGCACGUAAGCACUGGGGGAGUCUGUCCUAUCGGGCAUUACCACCGGCAGGCAGGGAUACGAAGUAA